AACCAUUUCGACAAGUGUUUAUUGGCCUUCUACAUGACCCAUUGUUCACUACGUCAAUCUAGACUUCGGUACUAGCUGAUACUAACCACACCAGGUACGGAUUGCUACUUGCCUCUAGUUGCUGCAAGUUGGUCAGUUCGUAAAUAUCCCGGCGGGAAGCCAUGGAUCCCAACACGGGAUCGGGACGCUUUAUUAACCACCCGCUUGGUUCAGAGCGGACGAGGACGAACCAAAACGGCUCGUUUCCAUCCCCAGCUGAUGAUGACGAAAUACCUCUUGACUCCAGCACUGAGGACUCCGAUGUUUCCAUGUCGGAUUCUGAACCAGAGGAAGUACAUAAUUCCUUAAUUUCUACCGGUAACGAGAACCAUCCCGUUCAAAAUCAACAGCUAGUUUCUGCUGCCCAGCACAGGCAAGAUAUUUCUAGGAAACGAAAAACCCCAGAAGCAGAUAAUACUCACAAAAACGUUUCGUCUAAGAAAAUAAAGCUAGACGAUGAGUGCCCUAGCCGAACUUUGUCAACCGUGACCUGUCCGUUAGACAAAUCUCUACUACCUGCCGAAAUAUGGCAUCGCAUCUUUACUUUUACUCCCCCAAGAACUCUAGGCAAUUUGUUGUCCGUCAAUAAGUUGUUCAGCGUAUAUCUUGAUCCGUCGUCCCCCUACCAGUGUAAAUCCCCGCCACCUCUUUCUCAAUCUUCUUCUCGGUUGCUAAAGCCCGACGUUAUAUGGCAACUUUCUAGGAGGCGUUUCUGGCCCAGGAUGCCGACUCCACUACGACAGAAGACUGAGCUCGAUAUGUGGCGUCUUGCUUGUGGACGAAGAUGCCAGUUAUGUGGUAAACCCGAUUCAUUAUCGAUAAAUUCAUCCCAUAACCAGAACAAAUAUAGGCACCAGCCGAUUUGGCCGUUUGCGCUUCGGAGCUGCGAGUCUUGUCUUGCAGAGAAGACGAUGGAGGAGAUUGAUUUGCUACUUUCUUCAACACCCUCCUUGCUGACGUCGGCGUUACCCUUCACUUUCAUCACCAACGAGAAGCGCAUAAUAUCACCAGAAGCGCUUCAAAAAGGAAUAGUUCAACCAGAUAUACAGGUGACUAAAAUAUAUCUCUCCGAACACGUAGAGAAGCUAAAACAGGAGUUUCUUUCCGCCAAAUCAAUGGGUGGAGCGACAGCCGAAGAGUGGCUGAAAGGCUUGGAGAUUCGAGGAAAGGAGCUUCUGAACGACUCUAUGCGAUGGGAAAAGUGGACGUCGACCGGCGGGGUAGCCCAAAUGCAAACAAAGAUGAGUUCUGACAGUGCUCUGAGUGCGGCUAUUCCAAGCAAUAAAGGUCAGGUCUCAGCAGAUUCUUCGCUAGCUCCGAAGGCCUUGUUGAUUUCAAGCAGCACAGCCAGACAAUAUAUGUCUAAUCAAGGUUAUACUGCUUCUACUGCGACGGUAUCCCAAUCCGCACGCACUCCUGAAGCCACUUCUCCACAUGGGCCUGCGACCGGUGCGUCCUCACUGCUAAUUAGUGUUCAUUCUAAUGGAUCUCGUGCUCGCACUCGGGAGGAAGCGUUGGAGCUUAAAGCUGCUCGGCGCGCAGAAAUUGAGCGACGUGCAAUGGAAAUUGACCCGCCUUUGGCGCCGACUGUAUUAGCCCGCAUUCCAGCCUUCCAAGCAGCUAUCCAAAUUAUCUCUUCUCUCGAUGACCAUGCGUGGGAUCUGCUCAAGCCGCGCUUGCUUUCGCAGAGAGCUGCUGCGGAACAGCGCGAACGAUGUGAACGAGGGGUCUCGUCUACUCAGCCCGGCCUUAUUCUAGAGCAAUCUGAAGAACCUGGACAGACUGAAGCAAGCGUGAUGAUAACUAAGCAGCUCAUCGAUAAAGCUUGGGAUGAUGUCCAGGAACCGCUACGCGCGCAGAUAUCUACAUAUGCUGACGAAGUCAUUCGUGAUAAUUGGAAUGAUGGUCGAAAGGUCGAUGCGGAAAAUAGUCCACAAUUCGCUGCCGAAGUUCUUUUACAUGUCCGUGAAAGAUUUUAUGCCGAAAUUGAAAAGGAGUCGGCUGCAGCACGCGCUGCCGCCCGAGAGCCGUUUGAAGACCCUCCGGAUGGGCCAUUCACGCAAAAGCUCACUCUUGAAAACAUGAAGUGGUUAUUUGAUGUAAAAAUAAAACCCCACACUGAGUUGUACCGGAAGGACUUGUUUUUCUGUAACGGUUGCGAAGUCGGUUUCAAGGCCUUCGGGUUCGAAGGGGUUAUUCAGCACUAUGCUGCUAAGCAUACAAACGCUCUCAGUCUAGGCAGUGUUGUGGUCCACUGGCGCGCUGAGUGGCCAGAGAUUCCACCCUUCAAAGCUGACCCUCGUGUCGUCAAAGCUGCAUCAUCUGCGUCGUCCUAUGGAAAUUUGCAACACCAGGGCAGUAACAAUCCUUACCAUCGCAAUACUGGCUCUUAUCCUGCCGGCUCAACUCUAAUGCCCUUUCAGCCAUCUCCAUAUGUUACUGCGCCUCCUAGCUAUGGGAAUCCAGCAUAUGGCCCGGCGAUACAACAGCUGGCUCCAUACGGGCAUGGAAACCCUUAUAUCCAAGGACCACAGGAAUACGCUCUUCCCUAUCCUCCACAAGGGACUAUUUACCCUAACUCAUAUAUACCUUUUCCCCCAGGGAUGCACACCGAGUCGCCAACCUAUCCUCCCUAUCUCGGACACAAUUAUAAUAUACCUCAGAAUAAUUCCCAAGUAAACUUCCAAAAUCCCCAUGGUACCCUUCUUAACAAAUAUCGCGUUGAGCUUGAAUAUUUGGCUCGAACUUCGCGUGAACUUUGGGCUUCCACAGCUGGCUUGAAAGAGCUUCCAGGAAAUAUCAGGGUACACGUAGUUAUCUAUCAUGUGGUGGAAAGAUUUCGAUCUAGAUUCCAUGAGAGUCCCCCAUUAGCUAUGUUCAUUGAUGGACUUUCAAAUAACAAGGAGAUGCGUCCUGUGCGCAACGUCAAUGGCCUGAUGUGCAAAGCAUGCCGCCUUAAUCUGGGCAACGAAGCACCAACCGAACAGGAUAUCAAGACGUUUUCCCUACCACAGCUGGUGAACCAUUUUCAACAAAAGCACGUGAACCAACCGCUAGCUAUAGGUGUACCUUACCUCAACUGGACUAUGGACAUGGUACAUAUACCCGAUCUUUCUACACUAUCUGGUCUUCAAUACUUGGCGAAUAUAGAUGGUCAGAAAUCUACAUUGAUAUAUAGUGCUUUCCCGUCGACACAGCAUCCUAGCAGCUAUCCACAAGAUGCACCUACUGCUGAUACCCAAGCCGAUGUUGGGAUUGUAGCAUUUACCAGCCAACAAGCAACUAACAGCGACGCUGUAUUGUUUUAUCCUGCAUUUAGGCACGACGUUAAUCCCAGCGCAAAACUAGACUUGUCACGAUUUACCACUGUGAGCCAGAAGCUGAAUUCUGACCAGUCAAUGGUUACAGGUAGCCCUUCGCCGGCAACACGCCAGAAACUGCAGCAGACUGAUUCGGGCCGGUCUUCUUCAGAAACAUGGCAGAGGACUAAGACAAGGAAGCAGGGUAGGCCUCUUUUUAAAGACUAUAGAAAGACAUCUAGCCAUAGUUUCAAGAAACGCAAGGGUGAUGUAUCAGAUACGUCAGCCAGAAUCAAAUCACAAGAACCUAGUGAAGGAGAUCUGAUCACGGAAGAAGAGCGUCGCCAGGAAGAAGAAAUUCGGGCAAUGUGGGCUGCAGAUCGCAGGGAGGCGGCUCUAGUUGCUUCUAAAAGCAAACCUCCGAACCAAGUUGCGGAGCCUGAUGCCGCAAUUGCAAAGUCGGAAAUAGGAAGUCCAAGAAGCCAUUCUGCUUCGCCCACUGAAAGACCUCAGGAACCUAUAAUACUCCAGGAGCACGAAGAAGAUGAUCUGAUGGCUGGUCUUGAAUCUCAACUCGAUCGGCAGCAAGUAAUAAGUGAACGUUUUGACUAUCGAUCACAAGAAGAUAGAGAUCUAUAUCGUGAGACGCAACCCCUUUAUAGAGAGCAAGACGGUCCUGGCCCGCAUGGUUAUCCUAACCAAGGCCGUUACGAGCAAGUAACUUUAGCAUCCACUGGAUAUGUUCGAUAUGAAUCGGCUCAUUGCUUUGACCAGUACGAAUCAACUGACGCCAGUCUGUCGUCCAUUUACCAUAGCCACGGAUCUACGCGACCUAUAGCACCUCUCGAUCGCACAUUACAUGACCAGCCUUCCCGUCAGGAAUACUAUCGGGCAUAUAUGGACGAUCCUCGAGCGCGCGCGCCCAUUCCAGAAUAUGCUACAGCUUACGAAGUUGUAAGGGUUCAAGAUUCCCAUGGGGAGUAUUUGAUCAAACGGCCGAUCAGGCUUGAACGAGAAUCUACCUACGCUGCAUCCGAGAACAGGCCUAGGUAUGAUGAUGCAGCGGGUCAAUAUAGAAGUUAUGGGGAAUAUGAUUCUUCUAGCAGCCGGUUCGGAUAUGAAUCCGACUUAAGGUCGGACUUCCCCCCACGGCAGCCUAUUCGCGAGCCUGGUUUCAUGGAAGAAGUUAGUAUGGCCAAGAAGAGCUACGAAUCAUUCUCGGGAGGCGACGUCACCACUUAUAAUAGCUACGAUCCUAGAGUUUCUUCAACUCCAUCGAACUCUAAUGUUAGACGACAAACUCGAUAUUAGAAACCACGAUCUGUAAAUGCCGGUUAAGUGCAGUUAUAUGUAAUGCUUAGUACUGACGAAGUGGCCACUUCUAUGCCAGUAGUAAAAUUCACAAAAGCAAUGCCCCAGGGAUUCCAAAGCAGAUGUGCUUGAAUUUAAAGUGAAGUCUCUUCAAUCAGAAAACUCAAAUACAAAGUAGUAUACGUAUAUUAUAUAGAGUAACUAAGACAUCUUUCAUAAUUA